AUGUCUCUUUUGGAUUUUAAUAGAGCCUUGGAGCUAAAUCCAGAUUUCAUUCCUGCAAGGAAACAUCGGGCGUAUGUGAAGCUAAGAAUGGGGAAGCUGACAGAAGCCAUAGAAGAUUAUGAGAGUGUGCUAAAUCAUGAUACUGGCGCAAGCGCCAAAAUAUCUGAAAUACAUAAACUGCAAAAUCAGUGGGAAGAUGCUCGUAAAUUGUUCGGGAACAGUGAAUACAGAGAAGCUCUUACGUUAUUGGACAAAUUGGUGGAAUCAGUCGACUACGCUGAGGAGCUACGUGAAUUGAGAGCAAGGUGUUACUUAAGCUUAGGAGACGUGCAAAAGGGUUUACAAGAAAUGAGAUUUGGCGUUCAUCUGACUAAUGAUAACCGCGAGGGAUUACUGAGAAUUAGUCAAAUAAUGUAUGACGCCGGGUUUGCAGUGCAGGCUGUCAAUGAGCUUCGAGAAUGUCUCAGGCUUGAUCAAGAUGAUAAAGCCUGUUUGGGCCUCUACAAAAAAGUAAAUAAGGUUGCCAAGGCUAUAACAGCCACGCAAGAAGCUCUGGAAGCCGAAAGGUACUCUGAUUGCAUCAAGAAAGCAUCAGAGAUAGUCAGAUUCGAAUCUUCAAAUCCAGAAUAUGCUAA